AUGGAGUACGUCCGGUCCACUUACAUCUUCGGAUGGGAAAUAGGUCGGGGCCAAUUCACAGUUACCUACUUAGUAACCCACCGGGAGACUAAAGAGCAGUUCGCUUGCAAGUUAAUCUCAUUGAGGAAGCUGAUCAAUCGAGACGACAUUAAAGACGUCAGCCGCGAGGUCCAGAUUAUGCAUCACCUGACGGGUCACUAUAACAUAGUCGAGCUGAAGGGUGCGUACGAGGAUCGACAUUCAUUCAAUUUGGUGAUGGAGCUUUGCGCCGGUGGGGAGCUCUUCGAUCGGAUCAUCGCCAAGGGACAUUACUCCGAGAGGGCGGCGGCUGGGCUUUGCCUGCAGAUCGUCACGGUGGUGCACAAUUGCCAUUCUAUGGGGGUAAUGCAUAGGGAUUUGAAGCAGGAUAAUUUCCUCUUCUUGAGUACAGCUGAGGAAUCGCCUCUCAAGGCUAUUGACUUCGGGCUCUCUGUGUUUUUCAGGGCAGGAGAUGUGUUCAAGGGCCUUGUUGGAAGUGCAUAUUAUGUAGCUCCUGAAGUUCUGCGAAGAAGCUAUGGUCCCGAGGCUGAUAUAUGGAGUGAUGGUGUUAUCUUGUACAUCUGCUCAGUGGAGUUCCACCAUUCUAGCACAGAAAUGGAGCAGGCUAUCUUUGAUGUUGUUUUGCAUGGACAUAUUGAUUUCUCUUCCGAGCCCUGGCCUUCAAUAUCCAGUAGUGGUAAAGAUCUCAUCAAGAAGAUGUUGAGGGUUGAUCCAAAGGAAAGACUAUCAGCAGCCGAAGUCCUCAAUCAUCCAUGGACGAGAGAAGACGGUGAUACAUCUUAUAAGCCUCUUGAUAUUGCUGUUUUAUCAAAAGAAUGA